CCAUUGAGUAGGCCUGGAUGCCACGGUACUCGUAGUACGAUAUACCGUGCAGAAAAAAGCAUAAUGAAUUUUGUCUCGACGUAUAAGCGAGAAUGUCUCUUGAAAGGAACCUCACCCUUGCACGCCAUCGAAUCAUCUUGGCCAGAUACCAUUCUAAAUUUCAAGUUUCUUCGAAUCCCAUCAUCUGAGUGGGAUCCGGUUUUGGCCGCUUUAAGGAAAAACUUUUCCGUAAAAAAAAUUUGCGUGACUAUCGAUGUUGAUUUGAAAUCCAAAAACCAUAUCCACAUGACUAAGUUGAAACAUCUCCACCCAUUUGUCCAAAGUCUGCUCAUUCAUUUGAAUAACAGUCAACAUUUAACUGAGCUAUUUUUGGUUGGAAUACCUUUUAGUGUUGCAGACCUGGAUUGUGUCAGUAAGGGUAUUGUUAAUUCAAAUUCAUUAGAACAUAUUUGCUUCGCAGAAAGCAAGAUUGGUGAUAAAGGAUUAGCAAAAAUUAUUGAAGCAGUAAAAGCAAAACCCAAUAUUGCAUGCUUGGACUUGAGGAACUCUGGCUUGUCUGAUAAAGUUGGCAAACUGCUUGCCUCACUAGUAUCUUUUCAGUCUGUUGCUAGAGACAAUGCUGCACAGAAAGCAUGUUUGUCAGCAGGAGAUCCCAAUUUAGAUCUGAUGUGUGGAUUAAAGAGGCUUUCUUUGAGUGGUAACAGUCUUUCUGAUGCUGUAGGGCAUUUGGCAUUAGCUCUGUAUGAAGAUAGUUGGAUAAAGGCAAUUGACUUGCAAUUUUGUAAUUUGAGAGAUGAUCACCUCAAUCAGCUUAUAGUGGCUGCUGAAAAAAGCUGUUCCUUGGUCUACGUUGACACAAGUAACAAUGAUGGCUUAAAUUCGUCAUUGGUGAAGAGGUUGAAAAAAGUUCUGGAGUUUAACGUGCUGAAGCAUCCUUACGUCGUCAUUCAGCCCAUCUCCACUCCGGUGUCAGAUCGCUUGGUGUCAAAUAGAAUAGGGCAAAAUGUGCAUCGUAAUACGUCUUCGAAAGAAAUGAAGCUAAAUACUAAAACUCAGAAUUCUCCCAUUAAACCUAGACAUGAGUCAAAAAAUAAAGCAAAGGUAUCAAACGAUGGAUUGGCAAAUGAUGCAUCGUUCAGUCAACUUGUACAUCCAAGACAUGAUAAUUUCAUGAAGAGAAUUUCGCCAAAUAAUGCGGAGUUGCACAUUACUCAAAUACAUGACGAGGUCAGAACAGUUAAAGCAAAAAUUGCGACAUUGGAGGAGGAAGUGAGAGAGCUCAGUAUAAAAAACAAAACCUGUUCAGGAAGCAUGAUGAUAUCGAGCUCGUCCAAAUUUGCUGAAAGCGACGCGCUUAGUAGUACUUUUACCCGAAGUGUGCUAAUGUGCUUGAGGCGACUUCAGGACUUAUUGAGAGAACUGAAGAUUACUUCCUCUGUCCCUCACAAUUGUCAAGCAAAAGUUCAAGGUCAAGAAAUUCAAGUAAUUCUCGAUGCCGUGUAUGCGGCCGCGCGUCAGUUUGACCCUAAAGCAAACCGUGCAAAAUCGGAAAAGAACGUGACGAGCGAAAACUGUUCGCUUAUGGGAAGCACGAAAACCAUAAAUUACAAGGUGGAAAAAUCAGGUAAAAGUUGCGAAAAUACUUCUGGCGACUUUCCCAAAGUUUGCCAAGGCCAAAGUGUGAUCUCAGACAAAGAAAAUACGACAACAACAGAAGAUCUUGCUACACUUUCCCGGAGUAUGAGUUUGGUUGAAUCUCUAUUUAACGGACACUCGCCAAGGAACAAUCGUUCACAAAUUAUGCAAGAACAGUCAGCUGUUAGCCUCCAUGAUUCAUCAAGAAGUACAACAAGCAAUCUUCGUGUGAAUUCCUUGAAAAGCCUACGAACGAGUUUGGAAGGAUUACGUCAAGAGCUUGAUAGAAAAAAUGAUCUAUCUAUAGAUCAAAGGAAUUUGAUACCUGACUUGACCGACAAUAGAAGUGUUUGUUCCCAAGAGCAAGCUGGCUCGCACUACAGUACAUGUUUCAAUUCUUUUUGCACAUCCAGUGCUUCAAGUCGGCCAAUUUCGAACAGCUCAACUGAAAUGCGGACUAAAGUUUCAAAUGAUUCUCUUCCGCAUUCUGACACCAAACAGACAAAAAAAAUUUGCCUUGAAAAAGACAGCAUCCCAUCGCCACCGUCAUCAACCAUCAACUUGUCAUCUAUUGUCGAUCUUUUGGGGAACUUCAGCAUUGAUGAUAUUGGCAGCAGUACGCUAACACCUCCGUAAAUAACGAAGGGAGCAGCGAAAACCAUUUAUCGUAAAAAAAUCUGAUAAGUGCGAGUUGCUUUGCUCCAUAAAAUGCCUCCGUCACUAAAAGAAAUUCGCGGUUUUUGCGCCAACGGAAAACGCACAAAUAUUUUCGUUAAACGUGGCAGUAUUCGCGUUCAUCAGAAUCCAUCCUAAUUUGGGCGACAAAAACCGUGUACUGAAGACGCAAGCCAUUUAAUUAGGCAACGCUCAGUUUGAUACAAGAGGAAAUUCGUUUUAAAGGUGUUGUUUUGAUUUUAUUUUUCUUGAAUUUAUUUUUCGUUCGCCAGCUUGAACAUAAAUGUAAAAUUCAUAUAUCUUUGUCCGAAAAUGUCGUGCGUCUCUAUCGGAGCUUUUGGGUGGAAUGUUUUGAAGUAAUGAUUAAAAAAAAGUGAAAAAUUCCAAGAUGCGGAAAAAAAAAGGUGGGAUAAAACUUAAAAAAAAAAAUAGGGAAACCUAUGGUGCAAACCAUUGUAUCUUAACCCACCCUCACUUGUUCUUUUCCCAUUUUCGGAUAUGUAACUGCAUACCGAUCCAAGAACAUUCUUAAGCUACCCUAUUGACGAAGCUUUAAGGCAACAACUUUUCAUCACUCCACACCUGGAAGAGGCACUUUUUGUGUGUACCAUUUUCGAUUUCGAAGUAUGAGCGUUCAAAUAAAUUUGUCGUUCAUUAA